AAGAUACAAUGGAGGCGGAUCCCAAAGACCCGGUCUCCGGUACUGCCGAUCCGACUUCUUUUGCAUACAUUUCUGCAAGGGACAGAUGGCCAAUCAUCUUGACCGGCGCCAUUGAUGACAUCCAUCGAGCUACAUCAAAAGCGACCGAGCCCGAAAAGGCGGAGGAAGGCAAGCGGGUCACUGAAGCAUUGGCAAAGCUGAAAUACGAGCUCCAGCACAAUCGUCCCCUUACCCCCCUUCCUGACGACGGCGGCUCGGAUAUCGCCGGGUACAACAAGGAGCUUGAGCAGCGUGGCAAUCCGAAAUGGCAUGAUGUCGCAUGGCUCUAUGCUGAAUGCUAUCUCUAUCGGCGCAUCGCCACUAUCUUCGCUACAUCAACACACUGGAAGAGAUAUGAUGUGUUCUCCAAGCAGAAGAUGUCCACCUUCCGCUCUUCCAGGCCUGCUGUCCUUGAACUCGCCUCCCGAUACAACGAUCUCGUGAAGCAGCUCAGCUCGGCCGAGUCACCUCUCAAAUCUGGAACCGAGGAUGAGCGGGAGGCUGCGGAGAAGAUUCUCUUCAUCGAGAUGUGCGAGAUCUGCUUAUGGGGCAACGCAACUGACUUGUCUCUCCUCACCAACCUCAGCUAUGAAGACAUUCAAAAGCUGCAGGGCAGUGACGCCCGCAAGGCGAAUGAAAAGAACAUCCUCGUGAAUGACUUUUCUGCCGCCUUUGCCUGUUUGAAGGAGGCUCAGAAGUCGGGAGUCAAGGAGCGACGGGUGGAUAUCGUCCUGGAUAAUGCUGGAUUCGAGCUUUUCGUCGAUCUCGUCCUCGCCGGCUAUCUCCUUCAAUCUGGACUGGCCACUCACAUCGUCCUGCAUCCAAAGGAUAUUCCCUGGUUCGUCUCUGAUGUCGUUCCGAAGGACUUCUCGGAUCUGCUCACCGUGUUGGUUAAUGCAAAGAGCUUUUACGAGACGCCAUCCGAGGAGGACGAUUCUCAGGGCAAGAAGCCGCAGCCGCUAUCACAGCAAGAGGCUCAAGAUCUGGUGGCGCUGUUUGAGAAUUGGAGUACGCUGUAUGCUGAAGGGAGCAUCGUUCUGCGGCCGAAUGCAUUCUGGACAGAGGGCGGGAGUUACUGGAGACUGCCAAGUACGGCCCCGAAGCUGUACGAGGAUUUGAAGCAGAGCGAGCUGGUCAUCUUCAAGGGCGAUUUGAACUACCGCAAGCUGACGGCUGACGUGAUGUGGGAUCCGACGACGCCGUUUGUGAAGGCAAUCGGGCCGAUGGGCCCUGGGUCUGGUGUCCGUGUGCUAGCGCUGAGGACUUGCAAGGCUGAUGUUGUCGUGGGAUUACCAAAGGGAGAGGAUGAGCGAUUGCGGGCGAUGGAAGGUGGUGGUGGGGACAGUGGUUCGAGGAAGUGGGCGUGGAGUGGAAAGUGGGCGGUCGUGAGCUUCAGCGAUGGGAAGCGAUAGAUGGACUUCGAAAGGUAUGGGAGUAGAUGCUACUACGAACUGACCUCUCGCAGGCAAUGAAGCUGCGAAUCGCCUACGAGAG